CAGUAGUAAUCAACUGAUAAAUAACAGAAGAAAAACAAAUCGAAACGCAAUCAACAUGAACUGCACAAUUAUAUUUGCUUUGAUCCUGGCUUCCUUGUGCUUGUGUCAAUCGGCACCAUUUGAUAGAAAUAAUCGUUACCAGGCCAUUCAGUCACCCACUGAUCUGAGCGGUCAGUCUGUGCGUCCGAAGCGUGAGGGCGACUACUUCAUCUGUUAUCCCAGCAGCGUUGUCUAUGGCUAUCACAACAGCCCAAAUGCUUUGAGCGCGAAUCGUCGUUCCGGUCAGGCAGACAAUCUUGUCAGUGCCUACGGUUCCUUCGACGAACGCAAGGAUAAAGCGGAUAGAGAACGCGAAGCCUACACGGACAGCUAUGGCAAAUAAGCUGAACAAUUCAGCUGGAACACUAGUGUGUAUAUUUAGUCAUUAAGGCAUUGUCACAGGUCUAGAUCUCUAAGUUGAGUACAAAAGAAUCUUAUUAUCAUAAUCGUAAUAUUUAU